GUGAGGCGGGAAGCGGCGCUCCGCCGCCGGAGGGCCGGCAGCGCCCGAGGUGGGGCCCGCCGGGGCGUGGCGGUCGGAAAGCGCUCGCUUCCCUAAUCGCGGGCAGGCGGCGGCAUGGAGGCGCUCCCGUCCCCGCUGGAGUCCGCCCGGUUCAUCGCGGGCCGCAGCCGAGACGUGUCGGUGGACGAGGAGGGGGCGAGAAAAGUGGCCGAGUCGCUGUUCGAUAAAGCGUCGGAGGCGGCGUUCGGCCUGUCGGGAUGGAAGGCGCUGCACGAGCUGAACCCGCGGGCCGCCAGCGAGGAGGCGGUGAACUGGGUGUUCCUGGUGGACACGCUCAACUUCUCCUUCUGGUCCGACGGCGCCGAGCAGAAGUGCCUGGUGCGCUACAAGGGCAAGGCGUACAGCGGCUACUGGGCGCUCUGCGCCGCCGUCAACCGCGCGCUGGACGACGGAAUACCCAUUACCAGUGCCUCGUACUAUGCCACCAUGACGCUGGACCAGGUCAGACAGGUGUUCCGCUCCGACACAGAGGUGCCCAUGCCUCUGCUUGAAGAGAGGCACCGGGUGCUGAAUGAAAGCGGGACGGUUCUGUUGGAGAAGUUUGGAGGCUCUUUCCUCACCUGUGUUAAAAUGAGUGAGAACAGCGCUCAGAAACUACUACGUCUUGUGGUGGAAAACUUUCCUUCUUACAGAGAUGAAGCUGUUUUUGAGAAAAAGAAGGUGUCUUUCUACAAACGUGCACAAAUACUUGUGGCUGAUACAUGGAGUGUAUUGGAAGGCAAGGGAGAUGGCUUUUUUGGAGACAUUUCUAGCCUGACCAUCUUUGCUGAUUACAGAAUUCCUCAAGUUCUUGUUCAUUUAAAAGCCAUGAAAUAUUCUGAAGAUCUAAUGAAAAAGCUACGUGAAGGAACUGUUUUCAAGUCUGGAGACAGAGAGGAGGUGGAGAUCCGUGGUUGUUCGAUUUGGUGCUGCACACUGAUCUGUAAACACUUGCUGGAGCUCUAUGAGAAGAAGGGUCAAGACAUGCGUGAUCAGAUCAACGCAGUUUUACUUGAUUACUAUCUCUGGGACUAUGCCAGGGAUCACAGGGAAGAUAUGAAAGAUGUUCCAUUUCACCGAGUACGGUGUAUAUAUUACUAAGUCCAGCAGGAUAGCUACUGUAUUGUUGUGUUUCCCUGUCAGUUACAGUUCCUUUUUUCAUACAGUGAUUCGUCAUGUACUAGUUUGGAACUUGCUAAAUCAAACAGACGCUUUCUGAUGAUGUAUGAAUAAUUUGUUGAUUUCUUUGAGUCACGUACUGAUUAAGAUUGGAGUUAAUAAUAUAAAACUGCUGGAAAAUGUGUAGAUUUGCAGCGAUACAGAUUUUAUUACUCUUGAUUUUGUGUAUGGGUUUAUACAUAUAUUUGCAUACAUAUGGUCAUGUAUAUGUACGUGUGUAGGUUGCUCUGGAAGUAAUGUCUCCUGUUUAUUUCCAUGAAAACUACAGCAGGUACAAAGAACUCAACGACACUGUUUGACAGAGCAAAUUCUCCUCAACAGAAAGUGGCCACAGGUAGCUAGCUAUACAUUUUUGCCAGCAGUGAACAAGAGUCAGCAUGGCAUGCCUGUAAAAAUCUGCAGCAGGGGAGGUGGCUCACUGGCACUGUUUCUGCUGCUGGAACGCACCACCUGCCACCUCACUGUGCCCAUGUUCACAGUUUGAUCUCCAGAAAUGCUCAGCAAGUGUUGGAAUGUCAGUGGGUGCCACUUUUUCUGCAUGGAGGAAUUCAUUUCCAUCCCUUCGCUUACCGCACACUUCCAUGUCAGACACCACUCUGUCAGACUGCCCCUCUGCUCCUGUCUGUUGCAGACCAGCAGAGUGUAACAGAAUGCCGGGGGAAGGUUCAACCUCCACUCUCGUACCACCAGCAUUCACUUCUGACAGCGCAAGCCAAUGUAAUAAAACAGGAUGCAUUGCUUUUGGAGCAGCCCCGUAUGCGCACAUGGGUGUGUAUGCAGCCCUAGGAUGGCAGCGAUGCCGUGCCAGCAUGUACCUUA